UUUACGCUUCUCAAGAGUAUGGUUACUGGCUAUGGUAUGGAAGAAGAACAAAACCGUUAUAGCGGUCGUUAAAACCGUUAAAAAGAUUGGUACUUGUUAUCCRAAGCCACGAACUUCUUUUAUUGUGAGGACGGUGUGAGCGGUGUGAGCAGGGAUUUUCUGAUGAGGACGAAAUCCAUGUUCUUAUUUUCGAAGGAGMAGAGAAUUCCGCAGACCAACCACACAAAGUUGUCAUCUUUCUAUCUAUCCGUCCAUGGAAAGCUUAAUCUUUCCUUCCUCUCCCUUCCCCAUGAAUCCUGAUCUCCUGCGCUUCUCAUUUUUCAAACCUCGCCAACCCUGUAGUCUUCCCAGAGUCCCAACUUCUAAAAUCCCUAGGGUUUCCAUCAAAGCUCCUCCACCAGAAUUCGAUUUCAGAACAGAAGUUCUGGAGGACUCCCGAAACGUCGUUGCUGAAAUGUAUCCGGAGCUGCUGGACUUGGUCGAGAACGGAAGCCUGGUCCUCAUUGAGAAGAGGCGUUUCGGUCCUGUGCCAAAAUGGAGAACUGAAUUCGUGGAGCCGGAGGUGAUUUGGUUAAUUGGGACGACACAUAUCUCGCGAGAAUCCGCCACUGAUGUUGAGCGUGUUGUGAGAGCUGUUAAGCCGGACAAUGUCGUAGUAGAACUCUGCAGGAGCAGGCAAGAACGCUUAACUUCAAUUGUUGCAGAGCUCAUUUUCAGAGCUGGAAUCAUGUAUACUUCCAAUGAGGAUGAGCCUAGUACGCAAUUAAGAUCGAAUAUGUUUUCCCUGAGUGGGGCUGGCUUUUUUGGAGCUGUUGGUCGGAGCAUAAAUUUGGGGGGUCAAACUGCUCUCGCACUACGGCUGCUUUUGGYGGUUUUCUCCUCCAAAAUCUCUUCAAAAGUGGACAGACCUUUUGGGGAUGAGUUUCGUUCUGCUCGGAGAGCAUCUGAGGAGGUUGGAGCUCAAUUAGUGUUGGGGGAUCGGCCUAUUGAAAUAACUCUUGAAAGGGCUUGGAAUUCUCUCAAAUUGAAUGAGAAGCUAAGUUUGGUAACCUCGGUUCUUCGUGGAAUCACUUCACCAUCUGAGAUAUCAGGGAACAAAUUGAAGGGAUCAGAAACUGAUGAUGGUCCAUUUCAGCUGUAUGAGCAGCUAAGUUUUUCAUAUCCAUCGCUCCUGCAACCUCUCAUACAUGAGCGUGACACGUAUCUAGCAUGGUCCCUGAAGCGGAGCAAAGCUGUAAAUAGUAGCAAGAGAGUAGUAGGAGUUAUUGGGAAAGGCCACAUGAAUGGAGUCAUAUAUGCAUUAGUAUCAGAUCUGGGAGACUUGCGGUUCCGUGACCUUGUGGGCAAGAGGCAACCUGGUAGCAGUAAUAAUGGAUGGCUCAACACACUUUUCAAAAGUUUGAUAAGAGACACUAUAAUUGGUAUUCUGUUGUGGGCUUUAUUUGAACAGCUAAAGACUGGAUUAUAGAAUAUAGACAUCAGAUCCCGGUAACAUGUCUUAAUUUAUGUAUGAUUUAAGUGCACAGUUACAUGGAAACAUGGUAAUUGAAAAGGGAAGGAGGAAAGAAAAAGGUAGAAAUAAUUGCAGAUUUUAUUCCUUUUUUA